AUGGGAACAAUUACAGCAACAACGGGUCUGAUUGUAGGCCAUUCCUUCAGGGCACAGUUCUCAUUAUCAUCCAAUAGACCAUUGUUGGAGACGAAGAAGGUGGGUUCAGAGCUAAGGUUUGUGACUUCUCAGCUCAGUGGCCUCAAAAUUUCGUCCAAUCAAUAUGGUAGGAUUUGUCCCUUCACGGGAAAGAAAGCCAACAAGGCCAACAAGGUUUCCCACUCUAACCACAAAACAAGAAAAUGGCAAUAUGUGAACCUACAAUACAAGAAAAUUUGGUGGGAGGCAGGGAAGCGCUAUGUCAAAUUGCGCUUGUCAACUAAAGCUAUAAAGACCAUAGAGAAGAAUGGGCUGGAUGCGGUUGCUAAAAAGGCUGGGAUUGAUCUUCGCAAGGAGUAG